CUCACUGCCAUUUUGUGGCAUUAUAAAUUAACCUUGAGAGCCGAUGCCCUUGCUAUUUGGUCAUCACUACUGAACCUUUUCUUCCUCUCUCUCUCUCUCUAUUGCCUCUUUUAUGCUCUCUAAGCACAACAUCCCUAUAGAAAUCAUGAGGCACUUAUGACCUAAUCACUAACGCUUCUAUUUCCCCAACCCCUCCACACCCUUUCCUUUUCAUGAGCUCUUUUCCUUCGCACCACCUUUCUCUUUCUUUCACUGUUUCACUCCACUAUUUCCUUUUCUUUUCCCUGCUCUCCCAGCCCUUCUUAUUUGCCAUACCCCCUUCACCAAACCUCCGUUCUCUUGGAUACCUUCUUGCACUGACUUUACCUUGGCCUCCCCCAUUUGUUUGCUGUUACCCUGAGCUCAAAUCAAUGAUAACAGGAACCACAUCACCGGCCUCCGCCUUCAUGGCCUUUCCCGAUCUUUCCCUCCAGAUAAGCCCCCCGGCGUUAUCCAUUAAAGGAUCCAUGAGGAGGGCUUUCUUCGGGAACCAUAAUUCGAUGUCGGAUUCCGGGAGCAGCGGGAGCGAUAUGAGUCUUGACCGAGGCCUUUUGCACCCAGAGGGGUUCCAGGAUCCUGACCAUGGCGAGCCAACGCUGAGCCUUGGGUUCAAGACAUCUGCGUCGGAUCUGCUGCACCACCAACUCUACCACAACCUUCACCACCACCACCACCACCACCACCACCCUCAGAUCUAUGGAUUCAAGCGGAAUUCUAGAUCGGUUCAUGGAGGAAAGAGGAGCAUUAGGGCUCCAAGGAUGAGGUGGACCACCACCCUCCAUGCCCAUUUUGUGCACGCCGUCGAGCUCCUUGGUGGUCACGAGAGGGCCACGCCAAAGUCGGUUUUGGAGCUGAUGAAUGUGAAGGAUUUAACACUGGCUCAUGUGAAAAGCCACCUUCAGAUGUAUAGAACAGUGAAGAGCACUGACAGAGGGGCAGGCCAAGGCCAGACAGACAUGGGCAUGAACCAGAGGACAGGAGGAACGGGGGAAGUGGAGGGAGGACUAUCAUGUGACAGAGCUGGGAUCAGCCCUUCUUAUUCCCUCAGUGCACCAACCCCACCAACACCACUACCCAAGUCCCCUAUAAGAGGACCAUAUCCAUCCGCGAAGGAGGACACCGGGAAUGCAGAGACGCACCAAAAUGAGUUGUCACACUGCUACCUCAAAUGUGAUAAUUUUUUAAACAGAGAAAAUCAGGCAGUGGUGGCGGUAGGAGAAGCCCUCCAUCUGUCACCAAAGGAAGGCCAAGAGGGAACAAACACGAGGAUAAGUCUUUUGCCAUCUCUGCAGACUGAUGCCGACAUGCUCCAAAAGCUACCGAACCUAGAAAUCACCUUAGGAAGACAGAGUUGGCAAAUUGAAUGCGUUGAAUCAUCGAAUGAACUGACCCUUCUUAAGUGUUUGUGAAGUUUGGGAAAAAAAAAAAAAAAUCAAAUCCUUCUGAACUUGAGGGAGAAGUGUGGUUUGGUGUAAGUAUUGCUUUGGAACGAGAAAAUCAUGCCAUCAACUCUCAAUUAACCUGCA